CACGGGCACUGGCCAACCGCGGCGGCAGGGCCACUCGUCCGCCGCGCCGCUCGCCGCAGACGCUCAUGGCACCCGCGCCCGUGCCGUCGCCCCCCGCGCAGCCUGCAGGGCUUCCAUAACAGUGCCGCCGACCCAGUGCCACUCGUGCCCCCUGCGCGCCCGUCUGGCAUCGCCCAAGCAGGCCGGACGCGUCGGGUUCUUCGCGGGCUAUUUGCGGUGAUUUUUUCCCUCUGGAUUGGCCUUGGUGACGGCGGGAAGGCCUCUCGGCGCCGCGGAAGUGGCUCGUAAAGUGGUCGCGAGUGAGGGAAAGGAAAGCAGGAAAAUACUCGGGAUUUUUGUUGACUGAUCGGUGCGGCUCGGAAGGCGGUCGCCUCCUGUGGCUCUCGUGUUGGAGGCGUGUUGGUGUUGCUGCUGCGGGAGGAGGAAGCUCGCUUCGGUUCUUUUCUCUCUCUCUCUCUUCUUCUCUCUCUUCUCUCUCUUCUCUCUCUCUCUCUCUCUCUCUCUCUCUCUCUCUCUCUCUCUCUCUCUCUCUCUCUCUCUCUCUCUCUCUCCUCCUCUCUUUCUCUACAUCCUCCCCCCUCCUCCCUCCUCCUCCAACAAACCAAACAAAGGAAACGGGCGCCCUCCCAAGCAAGCAACAUUACGCGAUUCCACCUCAAGCCAAGAAAGGGAAACGCAAAAGCAAACAAAGCACUCGCGUUGAUAUCAGAAUUACCAACCUAUAUAUGUAUAUAAAAGUGACUCCGAAUUAAGUACUUCUUUGAAACAGAAGUUGCAAUAAAGGGAAAGGAGGAGUGAAGUCCCCCCCCUCCCCCCAAGGUCAAAGGUCAUCGAGAGCUAGAGAGAUAGAGAAGGGGGGUAGGGGUCAUAGGGGUCGGGAUGGAUGCCCUUCUCGUCGUCUUCGUCACCUGCCUCAUCGCCUGGGCUGUGUGGAAGCUGAUCAGCCACCUUCACGACGUGGUGCUGAGGAGGGAUGAGGCUGGCAACCCCAUAGAGACGAAGCUGCACCAGAUCUCGUCCGAUCUCCACACUGUCAUUACCAACUACCUCCAGGACACGGUUGAGAGCAUGGUUAGGUCUGCCCAAGACAAGUGUCCCAACGUCUUGAGCGAGGAGAAGGUGGUGGAUGAUGUGAGGGCUGCCUGCCUGGCUAAGUCGCAGCUAUCAUCCCAGUUGGUAGAGACGGCCAUAGUGGAGCAGGCUGGCUCAGUCAUCCUCAACAAGGUGAAUGAAGUCAACCUGGCCAUUGCGUCAACCGUCUCUGAUAGGGUGAUUGACGAAGUGGUUGAUUCCCUGUCCAAAACGUGCAAAAACUUGCAGAACCUGCAAUCUGGUGAAGGGCCAAGGAAGAGGGCUUCAACGGGAACUGAAAUGGGAAGCCGCGAGCGAGGAAGCAGCGAGUCAUCGACACGCAGCGAACGCUCGGACACAGUCAGCCAAGGGGACGACACCACCAGCCAAAAGUCUGACCCAUCACCUCUGAAAUUGGAAUAUUUGAAUCUCGCUACCCCGCAGCUUGCGUCAAAACGCAAGAGUCUCCAUGGAAGAAAGUUGAGGCCACAGAGUGUUGUAGAUUAUGCUGAUAUUCAGGCGGCCUUGAAACACCGAACUUCAGUCAGUCGAUCUAGUGCAGAAAAUUUCUUGAGUGACGGAAGUAGUACUUUUAGCACAGACAUUUUAUGCGGGUCAUCAGAGAGUCUAGAUAUGGACACUGUCAUACACUGGGGCAAGGAUGACAAUCAAAGAUACAGGGGGGAGCUACUGAUGUCUCGUCCUCAAUCUUCCUCAUUUGAACUCAGUCAAAAAUCACAAGAAUUAUCUCACAGCAAACACAUGUCUACGGGCAUUAUAAGUGGUUUGACUGAGGUAGACAGCAGUCAGUCCAGGCGUGCAGUCAAGUCUGUUACAUUGCCCAACUAUAGCAAGGAAAAGGCUGAGUCAUUAGACAGUGUGUCGGAGUUGCCAAGCAGCUGUGGACAACUGCAGCAUCUGGGCAAGGCCAGACCUCGAAGAGUGAAGACCAGAGCCCCAACCAGACCCAUGGGCAGAGCUGAUCUAGUCGAGGAAGACCAUGACAUUUCCGAGGGCGUUGACACCUUCUUCAGACCUGGGUCGUCAACACCCACAACGCCCCUCAUCUCCCCUGACUCAGAGAACAGGGAAUGUAUGAACCUUUGCAGUUUAGAAGAAGGGAAUACGAGUCCAGUGAUGCCACUGAAGACGAGCAAACCAGCGCCCCAGUUAGGUCAGUGA